AUGAGAGGUGUACAUGAAAGGACGCUUGUCAUCUUGUCAUCAAACGAAUCGAAACAGGAGAUAAUGAGCACAGGAUCAAGAGUCAAUGCAGUGACGAUCCCUUCUCUCAAGUUCAUCAACAAAAACCUCGAAUUUAACACCCUGGGUUAUCGUCGGCUGCUACGCGAGCGAAUAGUUGCAAUUCAAGCUGUGCUCACUCUGAAGGAGCGAGUUUUCCUCACAGAACCCGAUGCGCUGUGGCUCUCAAACCUGUUGGAACAGAAUUCAUUUGUGAACUCAGACCAUGACCUUGUGGGAUUCGAUGAUGACAAUGGUUUUACAGGUGCCGGGUUCAUGAUGAUUCGACGAACUCUUGGCAGUCUCUGUCUUUGGCAGACGGUUCUCAAAAGACAGACAGAAAUUUUGAGUCGAUAUGCAGGAAUGCGAGACGACACACUCACAGAAGACUACAACGAUCAGAUCUUCUUGAACGAAGUAGCAGGGCAAAUGCGAGCAAGUGGUCUGUUGACACUUAAGACGAUGGACUCGUGCGACUACCGAUCAGGAAGGUGGUACAAGGGCAAUGAGUGGACUCCAUUUUUUCGAUGCCGAGGUAAAGUACCCCAUGUGAUCAACUUCAAUUGGGUUGUUGGAAAUGCUGCAAAGAUUCAGCGUGCAAGGGAGCAUGGACACUGGUUUCUGGAGGAUGAUGGAAAGACCUGUAAACCCUUUCAUCAAACGUUAGCAAAGGCGAAGACGUCAUUUGUGAAGUAG